ACAAGAUCCAACACCAUGGAAGAACACAAAAACUCCACUGAAACCAUAAUCAUGGCCUCACUCUCUUCCCUACCCCCUCCCCAACUCUCAAAUCUGAACCCCACCCUCUUCCACCACCACCGCCGCCGCCUCUCCUCCCUCCUCUCCUCCCCCACCCUCUUCUCCCUCACUCUCCACCACCUCCACUCCCUCUCCCUCCACCACAAAUCCCUCCUCAUCGCCCGCCACCUCCUCUCCACCCUCUCUCUCCUCACCCACUUUCUCAAUCCCACCACCACUCCACCACCACCCACCACCACCAAUCUCCGCCACCUUGACUCCGUCCUCCUCCUCCUCCUCCUCUGCGAACUCCGCCACCAAAACCCACAAGCCCUCCAAUCCCCGCCGUCUAAAUGGCGUCUCAUCCUCUCUAAAUACGUCUCCGAUACCAUGUUAAUGAUGUCGAUGAAUGGUACAACUUUGAUUCACUUCGUUGAGGUGGUUGUCAACUGUCAGAGAUUUAUUGGUGUGAUGGGUUGUGGAGGGAAGGCGGGGAGAGAGAUGGCGGCAUCGGUGGCAGCGGUGGUGGCGCUGCCGUCGGUGGAAGUGAGGGGAGGGGGGAGAGAGUGUGUGAUAUGUAAAGAAGAGAUGAGUGAAGGUAGAGAUGUGUGUGAAUUGCCAUGUCAUCACUUGUUUCAUUGGAUGUGUAUAUUGCCUUGGUUGAAGAAAAGGAACACGUGUCCUUGUUGUCGGCACCGGCUUCCUACUGAUGACGUGUCCGGCGAGAUCGAACGGCUGUGGGAGGUUGUUGUCAAGGUGGGCAGAAGUGAGUUGUAUGGAGACUGUACGUGACGUGGCUACAAUUCGGUGAUCUCGUGGGUGACACGUGUCAUGAUCAGUAAGGUGCAUCACAAAGAAUCUGUUUGUGAAAUACACGUGUCGUGAUCAGAUGGGGUGAACAGCUCUUGAUCAUGAGUUCAAGGGUAGGAUGUGAAUAGAUAUACAAUAAUUAUAUAUUUCUAUUUUAGAUUUCUAAUUUUGGACUCCUAAUUACGUAAUAAAUAUUUAUUGGAUAAUUUUUAUAUUUUAAUAGAUUUUUCAGGUAGUGUGGCUUACAACCUAUUACUUGAGAUUGAUUUGAAGGUCCAAAAUUAAAGAUUUAAAACAUUUUCAUAGAUAUAAUGUCAAUCGCUACUUUGUCUUGUUUUGUGCUUAAUUUCAUUGUAUUUGAGUUGGGAGGAAUAAGACGAGGGACAUGUUAUUGUCUAUUGCGGCAUGAAAUGAAUGGUAAUGAUAAUGAGUUGUAGGCUUGUGUAGCAUCACAAAUUGUUGAUAAAGAAUAGUCGAUGUUGGCUUGUUUUUUGUGGUUAA